GGUUUUGCACAUGAUGCAUGCAGUAAACUACUCUGCCCAGCAGAAUGGCGCUGGGAAGACCCAAUUGUCAAGGCCAGCAUUCAUGACCAUACAACUGCAUUCAUUGUUUCUGAAAACUCAUGGCUGUCAUUUAUGUAUGAGAACUAUGAAGCUGAUGCCAUGAAUCUGGACCAUGGUCUCUUUAAGUCCAAACUAUUGGUUAUGGGUUUUAAAGCCAUUUUCACCUCUCCCUCCUCUGCCAAUGAAGUGGAUGGUGAUGGUGAUGGUGAUGGUGCUGAUCAUGCCAAAGUAAAGACAUGCAUUGCCUCCAUCAUAGGCAUGAGGAAGGUGACUCCUCACAUGAUUGCAUAUACAGCUUUUGAAAUUUUAAUUCUCCUGAUCCAAUUCAUGCUUUCCAACACCACCUCCUGGUGCACUAUGGAUGGAGAUUUUGAUUAUCACAUUUUUUGA